CACCAAGUUGGAGAUUGGGGCAGGUCUCUCUCUCUACAUCUUCUCUGCCAUGGAAUUCCUCACAUGCUUAAAUACUGGCAUUCUCAGACCUCAGUACCCUUUUCCCCGAAGGGUAUUGCUUGUAUGCAUGGUGUGCCCUUGUAUUCCCCCCUCGGCCCUCCUUCGUUUUGCGAGAGCAGCGAGCGAGAAAAGCGGAGACACUGACCAUCCUAAGAUUCCUGUGCAAGCACUUUAUUCUCUUCCACCCACACACGUAUUUAUUCGAAGCUUACUCUUGCCCGCACACAACGACUGAUGUGUUUUCAAGCCCUCCAUCUUUUAACUUGCUCUCUUCUUGAAUCACUCGCACACGGGCUGCGAUUAGCAGUAGGAGUAGUAGCAUCGCAUUGGUUCUUCUUCUCGCUUUGCUUCCGAAGCCAGUAAGCUGCAGCAUUAGUGUUUACCAGCCUCUGUCCUCCAAAACAGAAUCCAGAUUUUGUUCUCAUCCUCAUCAAUCCCCCGCCCCCCGAGUCCUCUCUCUCUCUCCGCACUCUUCUUUCCAUCAAAUCACAAUCUUUGUCUAGAGAGUACUGCUAGGAAAACCGAACAGUGUCCGCGUUGUCUCCAUCCCCUUCUUCCUUCCUUCCUUCCUUGGCCCCAAUCGACCGGCCGGCCAUUUCCGCAGCAACCAGCAGCAGCUUCCUCGGCUGCAUGAGUGUCGUUCCCCUGAAGAAAGGAAGGGAACAAUGAGAGAUGGCUGCAAUUCCACCAAGAAGAGCAAGCUGUCGUGGUCCAAGAGCUUGGUGAGGAAGUGGUUCAACAUCAGGAGCAAGGCCCAUGACUUCCACGCCGACGACGCGUCUGCGCUCGGCAGGAGAGCAGGAGGAGGAGGCGACGAGGAUGAGUGGACCAGGGGCAGCAGCUUCACCAGGAGAGAGCCUGGCACCGCCAAGAAGAGCAAGACGGAGAGGUCGUCGAGGAGGAGCCGCGAGCACCCAAGGCGGGGCAAGAUCGACCUCGACGCCGCGGAGGCGACCGUGACGCUGGACUACAGGAUCUUUGUUGCUACGUGGAAUGUAGGCGGCCGAUCCCCUCCCAACGGCAUGAGCCUCGAGGACUGGCUCCACGCCGCGCCGCCCGCCGACAUCUACGUCCUCGGGUUUCAGGAGAUAGUGCCGCUGAACGCCGGGAACGUGCUGGGGACGGAGGACAACGGGCCGGCGAGGAGGUGGGUGUCGCUGAUCAGGAGGACGCUGAACGACCCCAGCGGCAGCGGCGGCGGCGGCGGCAGCGGGAGCUUCCGGACGCCGUCGCCUUCGCCGGCGCCGCCGGACCCGAUGGCGGAGGUGGACGACGACUUCGAGGGGGGCGGCCUAUCGCGGCGGCACAACAACAGCGCGUCCGCCGCCUUCCUCCAGCACCGCCGCUCCUUCCAGUUCCAGCCCGGGCUCAGCCGGAGCUUGAGGAUGGACGGCGAUGUCGAAACCCUCGCGGCGCAGCCCAGGCUGGAGCGCCGCUACAGCGUCUGCGACCGGGCGAUCUACGGCUCCCGACGGCCCAGCGAUUACGAGGCCAACUGCCGGUGGGGCGGCUCCUCGGACGACGAGAAUAACACCGGGGAGUCGCCGAGCACGGUGUACUCGCCCAUGUCGUACGGGUACGGGCAUGCGCCGUCUCUGGACGACAGCCAUAGAUCAGCUGGUCACACUACUAGAUACUGCCUGGUUGCAAGCAAGCAGAUGGUGGGACUGUUUCUGAUGAUUUGGGCCCGGAAGGACAUAAGGGAUGACAUUAGAAACCUCAAGGUUUCUUGUGUUGGGAGAGGAUUGAUGGGCUACCUUGGGAAUAAGGGUUCGAUUUCGAUUAGCAUGACAUUGCACCAAACAAGCUUCUGCUUCGUCUGCAGCCACCUGACAUCAGGGCAGAAGGAAGGCGACGAGAUGCGGAGGAACUCUGAUGUGCUUGAAAUCCUCAGGAAGACCAGGUUCCCAAUGGUUUAUGGCCAGUAUGAGCGUUCACCGGAAACUAUAUUAGAGCAUGAUCGAAUCAUCUGGCUCGGGGACCUAAAUUACCGAAUCGCGCUUUCCUAUCGAUUAGUGAAGGCACUAGUGGAGAUGCGCAAUUGGAAAGCAUUGCUGGAUAAAGAUCAGCUAAGGAUUGAGCAAAGAGGCGGACGGGUAUUUGUCGGCUGGAAGGAGGGGAGAAUAUACUUCCCGCCAACAUACAAAUACUCGAACAAUUCUGACAAGUAUGCUGGGGAUGACAUGAACCAGAAGGAAAAGAGGAGGACUCCUGCAUGGUGUGAUCGCAUUUUAUGGUACGGAAGGGGCCUCGGUCAACUGUCAUAUGUUCGCGGCGAAUCUCGGUUUUCAGAUCAUAGGCCGGUCUACAGCGUCUUCAGUGCAGAAGUGGAGUCGAUCAAUCACAGCCGAAUACAAAAAAUGAGUUGCUCGAGCUCGCAACUGGACAUCGGAGAACUACUGCCCUACUCUUAUGGAUAUACCGACAUCAAUCCAUAUGGAUACACCGAUCUGAAUUUCUACUGAAAGGAUUAAGAACUUCAUCAUCCUCUGAAUGUUCAGUCCUGUAAGCAGCGAUAGAAAGGGUACAUUGUUGACGGAGAUAGCACCGGACUUACUGGAAAUAAAAAGCUUAAGCUUCUGAUAAAUUGGUCAGUGCCAUUGGUAUGUCUUGAUCAAUACAGUUGAUUUGCUAAGCACAUAAGAGCUCACCGAAUUUAUCAAAAUCAGAGAUUUAUACAUUGGGUAUCUCAAGAAAUGCACCAAGUGCUUGGCUAGUUCACAGGAAUCAACUGAUUGACACAAGACAAGGACGAUGUUGUCUGAUGAGGACUCUGCACAAAGUUAUAGACUGCAGUUAGUGGGCAUGGACUCAAAUUAUUUCACUGAAUUCAAAGCUAACAAGGGGCCUGCAUGGCACACUUGAGUGGUUCGUUUCUUGAUCAAAUAGUACAACGAUCCAAUCGUAUGUCCAGGAGAUUUUGGCCACCCCUGCAAAGAUACUAGUACUGACGACAUCGGAAAGCGCGCACCAAUUUCCCCCCUUCGUAUCUAUACAUUGUUGGCAACAUAUUUUCUCCUUUCCUCCAUCCUACCCCCUCCCCUGUUUUCAGACAGUAACGACAAGUUCAUAGUAGCAGUAGUCCUUUGCACAUUUUACUUCCCUGUGUGCGAUUUCAAAGCUCCAGGAAGAAAAAGAUCGGUCAUGAGUUCCUGCAUUGCUUUGCUCAUAUCAUUUCCAUGGAUGGAAAAGGGGUGUGUGUGACUGUGUGUGUAGGCCAUCAUCAUUGUUCAUGCUCUGUUCCAUGAGCGUUGUCUGAAUCAACUGAGAUGACGAAAAGGCUAGCUGUCA